CCAUUGCCUUGGACUGAGAAGAAGCCAUUGCCUAUUUGCCGUUGCGCGAUGGCUGCUGCAACUCCAUCUCUCCUUAUCCUCCACCCUCGCCUCAUCCUAUUUGCCACUACUCUCCGCCCUACCCCCCUCAUCUGCCACCAAUUCUCCCUCCACUCUCCCCCUCUCAGCCGCCUCCCUGUUCGCUUCGCUCAUAACAAACACCACUCCUUCUCCACCUCCCCAUUAGCCACUGCUACCCCUUUGUCUGCCGACAAUUCUAAUGUCAAUGAAACCACGCGUGCCGGUCGAUCCGGUUCAAUCUCCUCCCCACCACAUCAGGUCGUCGAUUACUCCCAAAAAGUAGACGUUAACCCGCCCAAAGGCACCAGAGAUUUCCCUCCAGAGGAAAUGCGCCUCCGCAAUUGGCUUUUCCAGAACUUCAAAGAGGUUUCACAAUUGUUCGGAUUUGAAGAAGUUGACUAUCCAGUACUAGAAUCAGAAGCUCUAUAUAUAAGAAAAGCAGGGGAGGAAAUAAGGGACCAGCUUUACUGUUUUGAGGAUCGAGGAAAUCGCAGAGUCGCAUUGAGGCCUGAGCUUACUCCUUCUCUAGCAAGGCUUGUCAUACAAAAAGGAAAAUCUGUAGCCCUUCCAAUAAAGUGGUUUGCUGUUGGACAAUGCUGGCGUUAUGAAAGAAUGACUAGGGGAAGGCGUCGUGAACACUACCAAUGGAACAUGGAUAUAAUUGGUGUCCCUGAUGUAACUGGAGAAGCUGAGCUUAUCUCAUCUAUUGUUACAUUUUUCAAACGGAUUGGGAUAACUGAAAAAGAUGUUGGCUUCAAGAUAUCUAGCAGAAAGGUUCUACAGGAAGUGCUGAGUUUCUAUUCGGUUCCAGAAUCUUUAUUUGCCAAAGCUUGCAUCAUCAUAGAUAAGAUGGGGAAAAUACCAAUGGAGGAGAUCAAGAAAGAGCUGGAGUUGGUCGAGUUAUCAAAAGAUGCUAUUGAGGAUCUACUUCAAGUUCUUACCAUAAAGUCUUUGACAGAGUUGGAAGAGAAACUUGGAGGCACAGGGGAAGCAGUGAGUGAGCUGAAACAACUAUUCUCACUUGCUGAAAAGUUUGGUUAUUCAGAAUGGAUUCAAUUUGAUGCUUCUGUUGUUCGGGGUCUAGCUUACUAUACUGGAAUCGUAUUCGAGGGAUUUGAUAGAGAAGGUAAGCUUCGAGCGAUAUGUGGUGGUGGGCGUUAUGAUCGUUUGCUUUCUACUUUUGGUGGUGAUGAUCUUCCUGCUUGUGGCUUUGGUUUUGGUGAUGCUGUCAUUAUUGAACUGUUGAAGGAGAGAGGACUGUUGCCAGAACCCCCACUUGAAAUUGAGAACAUUGUUUGUUCGUUGGAUCCUAAUCUUCAAGGUGCGGCUGCUAUGGUUGCUAGUGUUCUUAGGGGAAAGGGUCAGUGUGUGGAUUUAGUGUUGGAAAACAAACCACUUAAAUGGGUGUUCAAACGGGCAACAAGAAUAAAUGCACGCAGAUUGAUACUUGUGGGAAGUGCAGAGUGGGAAAGAGGAAUGGUUGGUGUUAAAAUCCUAUCAACCGGGGAACAAUAUGAAGUUAAUGUUGAUGAACUACAAUGAAUUUAAAGAUUUCUUUUAAUGUAUCAAUUCAUUCUUUCAAUAUAUUAAUGUUCUCGCUAUUUUUUAAGAAUUAAAUAUGUAUAAUAGCAACUUACUUUCAUUC